ACAAUUGUUGGAGGUGCCAGACCAAAUGCAAGAGCAGCAAAUCAAAACAAUCCAGGGUAUACAAUAAAAAGGAUUGACAAUAUAGACAACUUUCACGAUGUUACGAGAAACAUUAUAGACAAUGUUAUAGAAGCAUUCCAAAAUUACAAUCAAGGAGUGAAAUACUAUGUAUUCUUAGAUGUCGAAUUCAAAAAGAUUUUAGAAGAUACAAUCACAGAUCCGCCAAACACAUUUAGAACAGAAAUGUACAGACUCCUUAGACGUGUACCAAAUGACAUUAACGAUCAAGCAACUCAAAUCAGAGAAACUUUGAACAAUAGCAUUGACACGUUUAUUCAAAAUGGAAGUGGUUGGGUCUUAAACAAAUUGGGAAGGAUGCAAGUGAAAAUGUUUGAUUAUAGACCAAUAGCUGGUGGUGGUGGUAUCUCAGCGGGGUUUUUUCAAGCACCUGAAUGGAUUGUUGCUAAAAAUGAAAUUGUCAACAUGCAAAACACAGAUGAAAAGUGUUUCCUAUGGUCAAUCCUAACAGCUCUACAUCCAGCAGAAAAGAACGUUGCAAGAGUUAAUAAAUACAAACCAUACGAACACGAGUUGGACACAAGCUGCCUAAAAUUCCCUGUAAACCCAGGAAACGAGACGAUGCUGGUAAAGUUUGAAAUAAGCAACAACAUAUCCUUGAAUAACAUCGACAGUAAGAAGAAGAAUAAAAAGUAUAAGAAAUCACCAAUCAUACCGUUUAGAAUAACCAAGGAGAAGAAAACCAAACACGUGAACUUGCUGUUGCUAGAGAAUGAGAAUGGGGAUGUUCACUACACGUGGAUUAAAAACAUGAGUAGGUUACUUUAUGGGCAAAAGGGACAUAAACAUCGUAACAAGCGAUUGUACUGUGACAUUUGCAUGAACACGUUUAUUAAAGAAGAAACGUUGAAGAAACACAGUGAAUUUUGCACACCCAACGAAUAUAUCCAGGCAGUAAAAUACCCAGAGGACAAUGAACUAAAAUUCUAAAACUUUAAGAACAAAAUGAUUUUACCAUUUAUCAUUUAUGCCGAUUUCGAAUGCAUAUUGAAAGACAUCCCAAAUGGUUCGACAAUAUACCAAGAACACGUGCCGAUUAGCUAUGCAUUCCACAUUGAAUCCAUUGACACUAAAUGGUCUCACACUGUAGAGAUUUACACAGGGGAAGAUUGCAUAGAGCAAUUUCUUUUACAAAUGGAUUAUUACAAUUGGAAAAUAAGGGAAAUAUUCAAGAAAACAAUACCAAUGGUUGCUCUUACUGAGGAACAGUUAAAGAACUACAACGAAGCAACCAAUUGUUACUGCUGCACCACAUCCUUUAACAUGAAUGAUGCAAAUUUGUGCAAGGUGAAGGAUCACUGCCACAUCACAGGACAGUAUAGAGGUGCCGCAUGCAGCCACUGCAAUCGAAACAACUUAAACAUAAUCGCCAAAACCCACACGAUUCCAAUAGUUUUCCACAACCUCAAAGGCUAUGACAUGCAUCACAUUCUAUGGAAUCUGGAUAAUCGAUACACCCACAUAAUUGCAACAAGUUCUGAAAAGAUCAUCUCGGCAAAAAUUGAAGGACUUAAGUACAUUGACUCACUUAGCUUCCUUAGCUCUAGCCUAGCAACACUUGCAGGAAAUCUUCCAAAGGACGAAUUUAAAUCUGUGAGGGAAUAUCUGCAACAAAGACUUAGUAAUUCCCAACAACCUCAGAGCGACAUAGAAAUUCGACAUGUAGAGGAAGCGUUUGACAUGAUCACAAGAAAGGGUGUGUACCCAUAUGAUUGGAUGAAUGAUGCAUUUAAACUACAAAACACUUCAUUACCAACCAAAGACUGCUUCUACAGCAAACUGAAUGAUUCCCACAUCACUGAUGAUGAAUAUGAACAUGCGAAACGAGUAUGGGAAUUCUUCAACUGUCAAACAUUUAAGGACUCUCACGAAUUGUACUUAGCAACAGAUGUCUUACUACUCACAGAUGUCUCCCAAUCAUUUAGACGCCAAAGCCUUGAAUCCUACUCUCUGGAUCCCGCAUGCAACAUAUCACUUCCAGGAUUAGCAUGGGAUGCAAUGCUCCUCAAAACAGAUGUUACUCUUGAACUAUUAUCAAAGGAGAAGAGCGACAUCUAUCUCAUGGUUGAGCAGGGGAUUAGAGGUGGGAUAUCAGUAGCAAUCAAACGACAUGCAAAGACUGAUGAAAACAGCACACUUAUGUACCUCGAUGCUAACAACUUGUAUGGAUGGGCAAUGUCACAACCGCUGCCAUAUGGAGGAUUCAAAAUGCUUGACAAUGUGCAAAAUGUAAAUGUUGCUGAAAUAUUGUCAAAUCCCAACCAAGACAUUGGAUACAUAUUCAAAGUUGACUUGCAGUAUCCAACACACCUGCUUGAUGCCCACUCGGAUCUACCUCUAGCAACUGAGAGGUUAAAAGUUGCGGAGGAAAUGCUGUCGGAAUUCCAAACUAAAAUGCAUCAAAAACUGUUCAACAAUGAGAAAUAUAAAACAACUCCAAAACCCAACUUGUAUGACAAAAAAGGUACAUCAUUCACGGCGAUGCAUUGAGACAGUGCUUGAAUCUCGGAUUGGUUGUAACAAAGGUGCAUAACAUUGUGGAGUUCAAACAAAGCACCUGGUUGAAAGAUUACAUUGAUUUCAACACACAGAAAAGAACCAACGCCAAGAAUGAUUUUGAGAAAGACUUCUUCAAGCUAAUGAAUAAUGCAGUGUUUGGGAAGACAAUGGAAAAUGUAAGAAACCACAGCACAUAUGAAAUAUGCACUGGUAAAGAACAAUUAAUAAGAUGGGUGCGAAACCCCAUUUUCUAUAGGGUUUUUGAAAUCAACGAAAACACGCUUAUUGUGAUGAAAAAGAAGAAAACCGUCACACUACGCAAGCCCAUCUACGUUGGUUUUAGCAUACUGGACAUUAGCAAGAUCUUGAUGUAUGAUUUCCAUUACAAUUUUGCAAAACCCAACCUCCCAAAUGUGCAAUUAUGCUACAUGGACACUGACAGCUUCAUUUACCACAUCCCAAUGCCUCAAUAUGCUGUAAAUAAAAUAUUGAAAGAACAUGCAGACAAGUUUGAUUUCAGUAAUUAUGACAAAGAGCAUGAAAAUUAUUCAACAGAGAAUAAAAAAGGUCAUUGGGAAAAUGAAAGAUGAACUAGGCGGGGUAGCAAUGGAAGAGUUUAUCGGCUUGAGAUCAAAGAUGUACAGCUGUAUGAUAAAGGAUGGAGUUGGAAUAAAGAAAGCAAAAGGCAUCAAGAAGAAUGUUGUUAAGCGGGAGAUAGUACAUGAAAAUUACAUUGAGAUUUUAAAGGAGGAAAGAAUAUUCAGACAUCAACAAAGGAAUAUUGAAUCGCACAGACAUGUCUUUCACAGCACUGAGAGAAUGAAAAUAUCUUCAAACCCAUUCGACGAUAAAAGAUAUAUCCUAAACGAUGGAUUUAACACACUCGCGCACGGACACCAGACAUUAAGCACAGUCAGAAUGAACAAUCAAUAAUUAGAACGCUGAUAAUUUGAACAACAACAGUAAAUCUAUAAUCCAUAACGUCUCUUAACAUGAUAAUAGACAUAUAAGUCACUCUGUAACUUCCAAUUUUUAUUAAAAUAUUUAUUUAUUAUGGAAGUUAUUGACAUGUCUCUUGAUCUGUGAAUUAAGAAUAAUAUGCAAUGCUGCCCGCACGUUGCGCUUUUAUCUCAUUGAAUUUGAAUCUUGUUAUAAUUGAGGUUGAAUGGUUUAAUGAAAUCUUUCAACUCUUUAAUUUUAGGUUUUUCACCAAAAGAAUCAUAAAAAUCCAAUGUAUUAUCCUCGUCGAUGUAAACAGCAACCCAAUGAGUUCCUCGACCAGCGAAAUCAUCCUCAUUGAAAAUGAAUGAGCAUGGUAGGGUGUGAAUCUUGAUAUUUUUUAUCUCAUCUUUCCCAAACACACCAUGGAAAUUAGAAAGUUUUUCACGUCCCUUAAGUAAUUAGUUUAUAGAAACAUCAUCCAUUUUUACCAAUCACGAAUUACGUUCUUGUGUGCAUCAAUUUGAAUUACCCUGUCAAACUCUCCUAAUAUAACAAUAUUUAACAAUGUUGUUGGUGCGAUUCCAAAAUUUAUGUUGAUACGCAGAUUACCCUCCCUCUUCAUUAAAUAUUGCUCAUCAUCACAAUUUCCUUUAGGGGUUAAAUCAAAGCCAUAUAUGGUUAAUCCUUGAUCAAAUGAAUUGUAUCCAAUUAGACUUGGAUAGUUACCAAGUGUUGAUGUUAGGCGAUUGUAUGCAUCAAGGUAGUCUUGUGUAGCAUACCCCAACCUUAGAGGUGGUGACAUUUCCUGAUUAUCAACUGUUACUUGAACAUUGUUAAGCCUAUGAUGUCCAAAAUUGAAUGGGUUUUUUGCAAGAGCGCCGUUAUAUGCACUAUUCUCAACAAGUCCAAAAAGUAAUCUAUUUGGAAUUUUUCCAUUGAAGAUAUUAUCUUGAAUCCAGCAUCAAAUGGUUUGGAUCUAGCAUUCAACCCAGAAUUUUUCUGCGCAUCAAUAUUAGUUGGAUGUUAUUUAUCCUCCCUACCCGGCUCAUCAGCAACAAAGUUUGUUAACAUCAAGUAAUUCUUAGCUCUAGUUUCAUCAUAUGUUAAAACUGUUUCCAUAAAUGAUUGAUAUGCAUACAUUGCAUUUGAUUCUGUUACAGGGGUGUCAUUUCAAACCAGUUCUAUUUGUUUCCAUAAAGAUUGUCUAAUGUUAUUAAUAACACCAAUAUUCUCAGUUUCAGUCUUUCCAAUGUUUGCACCGUCAGAUUUUUUCAAUGACAGGCUUGUAAAAAAAUAAGAAUGAUUCAAAUCAAUCAUGUGAUCGUUUUGUGCUGCAAUGUCAAAAAGAACUGUCUGUUUUGAUGCAUUGAGUGAUGCUGUUUGUGGGGAAUAUCCAACUUCUUUAAAGUAUAACACUUCACUUUGAACUGAUGGUUUAGAAAAUAGAUCAAGACUCUCAUUUGGGCAGUCCAUGUAACUUACUGUAAGACUCAUUUUAUCAUCAACUUCUUCUUCAAUAAUUUCUUCAACAAAGAUUUUCGCAAUUGACGGCUCGUUGUUUGCGCUCUUCGAACUCGCUUACGAUUUCCACUACCACCAUCUCCUUUUAUAGUUUUAUCUAGUCUACCAUGUCUACGAGUAUAUACCUUAGAGGUUAUUACCCGCCGCCUACUUCUCUUACCACUCUUCUUAACAGCAACACUUGCGUUGAUCACACCACCAUCAGCAUCAAUUGCUUUCUUAACAACCGGGUUUACAAUAACCUUUUUAAUGGUGGGGUUUGCAAUAACCUUUUUAGCAACAUCACUUGCAACCGCAUCAACACCAGUUUCUAUCUCCUUUGCAACAUUCUUUUCAAUUCUAUCAAUUGAACUUUGUGCUGCUUUUGUAACAGCAUCUUUAACAUUUUCCCCUGCAAUUAUUUUAUUGAUGGCCUUUUUACCCUGCCUUUUUAAUACGGGAGCUAUUUUCCUCUUUACUACUUUUCUCAACUUGGGAGAUGCCUUCUUAAUAACUUUUUGAAGUUUAGGUUUGGUUUUUUGAAUCAACUUUCUUACAAAUGGAUUUACCUUUUUAAGCAUAGAACCAACACCUCUACCUUGUUGUUGUUUGUGAAUUGAAUAUACAAUUGAUUUUUUUGGUUGUUGCAUGUUCCCCAAUUUGUAUAUUGGAAAAUUAUAUGUUUUCCUCAAUGAUCCUCUUCCAUAUUUUUUAUCAUAGAUAUAUAGAGGAAAAGAUUUGUAAUUCUGUGAUGAUUUGUAAAUUGGAUAAUUAUACAUCUCUUCGACUAAAAUGUAACAAGAAUGUUGGUCUUGUGUUAUAAAACCUUAUCUCUUGCCCCAACGCAUUCAAAACUUUUGUACGAAACUCGUUAAUGUCGUUAUACAACAAUGGAUAGUAGAAUAAGUUCUCAAAGUCUAUCGAAUCAAUCGUAUGCUUGUCAAUCUUGAGAGGCGUAAAUCGUAGUAGUGGUGUCGUAAUUGAUCCAACUAUUCUGUAGUCAAGUAGUGUGCAAUAUAUAAACAUAUUUUUCCCAGCUGAAUUAACUUGAAAGUCUUCAUCACUAACAACAUAUGAAAGAGGUUCAAGCCCAUUAAACCGAUAUUCAUGGAGCAGGCGUUCCUGAUACUUCCCAAUGAAAGGACAAAAUAUUGGAACAGCUUUUCGCUUACACAAAAUGUUAUAGUUGGUAUUAAAUUCUUCGAGGAUGUUAAUGAAUCAAGUAGCUUACAAAGAUUUUUGCCAAUACCAAUCAUCUUUAUAUACUUGGGGAAUUCAAUCUUUAUUUUCCUAUUAUUAAACACUAAUAACUUUGGAACACCUUCUCAAUGGAGUCCAAGUUCCUCAACCCUUGUUUUCAUACUUUCCUCAUGAUCUUUGAUGUCUUCAUUUAACAUUGAUACUAUUUCACCCAUUGUAAAUUCAUGUGCUGUACCUGAUGCUGGUUUAUUUCUAAGAGCUCCUGCUAGUUUUCUUAAAACAGUAUAAUGCUCUCUUUUAUCAGCGGCUUUGUUCCACAUUUUAGUGUAUUCAUCGGAAAUUGCAAUUCUCACAUUCACAUCAUCAUAACCAGCUUUUACAGUACCA